AAAUUAGAUCAAGUAAUUUAAGUUGUAAAAAUAUAUAAAAUGAUAUUAUGAACUACCACCUGACUAUUUUAUUAUCAGUCAAUAAACUAACAUCGGAUACGGUACACGGAUUCCGAAAAAAAAACUCAACACUAAAUUGUCACUGUGCCAAUAUGAUUUUUUAUCUUAAUUUAUUAAUUAUUUUAUCAAACGUUAUCACAAAUGUCAAAGAAAUAACUGCUCAUCGACAUUUAAGGCAAAAUCAAUUGCAUGAUUCAAAUUUUUGGAUGAGACGUGGAAUGGUUGAUUUGAAUCGUCGAUUAAAAGUCUUGGAGAGUCCUAUUGUCGGUCGAGCAAAAAACAUAAUUUUUUUUUUGGGAGACGGCAUGUCGUUAUCAACAGUUACUGCGGCAAGAGUGCAUAUGGAGCAAAUGUCACCUAGUAUGUCUUCUAAUAAAAACUCAUCGCUCUCAUUUGAAAAAUUUCCAUACACUGGCUUGGCUAGAACAUAUUGUGUUGACAAACAAGUAGCCGAUUCGGCUUGUUCGGCAACGGCAUACAUGACUGGCGUUAAAGCUAAUUCGAAAACGUUGGGAGUAACAGGUGCCGUUCAACCAAACGAUUGUGAUUCUUCAUUGGAACCCAACAAUCGAGUUGAUUCUAUUUUACGAUGGGCUCAAAUGGCAGGAAAAUCCACUGGAAUAGUAACAACAACCAGAGUUACCCACGCAUCUCCAGCUGGUGGUUAUGCUCAUUCGGCCAACCGGGAUUGGGAAAGCAACGCUCCCGGAGACUGCUUAGAUAUCGCUCUACAACUGAUGUCACAAAAACCCGGAAUGGAAUUAGAUGUAAUAUUAGGAGGAGGCCGUCAAGAAUUUCUUCCAAAAAUUAUAAAUGGUAACCGCGAAGACGGAAGAAAUUUGAUAGCAGAAUGGAAGUUGCGGAUGAUAAAAUCCCAACACCGUUACAAUUACGUUAAAAACAAAACUGAGCUGUCUUAUUUGAAUUUGAAUGAAGUAGAUAAGCUUCUAGGACUGUUCUCUAUGAGUCACAUGUCAUACACCGGUACUAAGGAAGUGGAAAGAGACGAGCCGUCUUUAAGUGAAAUGACUCUAGCAGCCAUAGAAGUGUUGCGGAAAAACAACAACGGAUAUGUGUUGUUCGUCGAAGGUGGUAGAAUCGAUCAUGCGCAUCAUCAAAAUCUGGCUCAUAUGGCACUGACUGAAACGAUUGCAUUUUCCAAAGCUGUGGAAGUUGCUGAUUCAAUGACGAACCCUAAGAAUACGUUAAUUGUGGUUACCUCGGAUCAUUCUCACACUAUGACCAUCAAUGGAUACCCGUCUAGAGAAGAUCCGAUUAUAGGACAUGUAGAUGAUGACGAAAAUCCUUAUUCAAUACUGAGUUAUGCUAAUGGGCCAUCGGCAUUGAUGCAGUCGUAUAUAAAGCAAAACUCCAAAUACGGUGAAAAAUUUGCUCUUUAUCCAUCUUUGGUUCCAAUGAAUACAGAAACACACGGCGGAGAAGACGUAGCUGUUUGGGCCCGAGGGCCAUGGGCUCAUUUAUUUGUAGGAAGCUAUGAGCAGAAUGUUUUACCCUUAAUUAUGUCAUAUGCUUCUUGUAUUGGACCGAAUAAAGGAAAAUGCUCAAAGAAAUAAUUGAAGAACUGUAUAUUCUCUAAAAAAUAAUAAACGUAAUUUUACGAGAGUAUUUUUAAAUUUUGUUUAUUUUUAUAAA